GCCCUGCACUGCCACUGGCUGGCGGAGCUGGGCCGUUCCCAGGGGCUGGGCUGUGCACUCUGGGAACACGGUACUCAGUGUAAUCACCGCACAGCCAACCUGCUGCCCCAUCCCGCCAGCUCCCUCGGGCAGGGGGCUGCGGGCUGCUAGCCACCUCCUCUCUGCCUCGGUUGGUGCGGGGCCCAGAGCCAGCACAGGCCCCACAGAAAAAGUUCCGGUGCGAAGGAAAAUCUAGCGGGCAGGACUGUCCUGCCUAGACCCCAUGACCGGCCUCAUGGGCCACAUCCACCGGCCAUGCCUGGCAGUGCCCAGCAUGCAAGGGGUGGCUAUGAAGCGAGCCAGGCUAACAGGCAGGAGCCAUGGAAUCGCUGGGCAUCAACCUCUCCCAGGGGGAGGCUGGGCUCCCCUCCAGCCCCCUGGUCCUGUAUCUGUGGCGACAACGAGCUGGGCCCAGUAGGGUGAAGAGGGCCUGGGUGAUCCCACCCAUCAGCGUGUCCGAGAACCACAAGCGCAUCCCCCACCUCCUGGUGCAGAUCAAGUCGGAUAAGCAGCUGCCCGGGGGCGUCAUCUACAGCAUCAAGGGGCCAGGCGUGGACGAGGAGCCCCUGGGCAUCUUCUUCAUCGACAAGUUCAGCGGGAAGGUCUUCCUCAACACCAUGCUGGACCGGGAGAAGAAUGACCGCUUCCGGCUGAGGGCCUUUGCCCUGGACCUGGGGGGCAUGACCCUGGAAGACCCCACCGACCUGGAGAUUGUUGUGGUGGACCAGAACGACAACCGGCCCCUGUUCCAGCAGGAGAUUUUCACGGGGCACGUGGUAGAGAGAGCCGUCCCAGGCACCUAUGUGCUGAAGGCAGAAGCCACAGACGCUGACGAUCCUGACACAGACAAUGCGGCCCUGCGAUACUCCAUCCUGGAGCAGGGCUCUACCGGGCUCUUCAGCAUCAAUGAGACCACAGGCGAGAUCCGCACGGUGCAAGUGGGGCUGGACCGUGAGGUGGUGAGUGUGUAUAACCUGACGCUCCAAGUGGCCGACAUGUCGGGCGACGGCCUCACCACCACAGCCACAGCCGUGAUCUACGUUGACGACAUCAAUGACAACCCGCCCGAGUUCACCAAGCCGGAGUUCUCCGUGGAGGUGCUGGAGAACACGAGUGGUGUGGACAUCGGCCGGCUCCUGGUGCACGACAAAGACCUGCCCGGCUCCCCCAACUGGCUGGCGCGAUUCACCAUCCUGGAGGGUGACCCGGAUGGGGCCUUCGCCAUCCGCACCGACCCCCACACCAAUGAUGGCGUCCUCUCCGUGGUGAAGGCCCUGGACCACGAGGGGCGGGACCACUUCACGCUCACUGUCUCCGUCCAGAACCAGAACCAGCUACACCCGUCGACCCCCCAGACCACCCGGGCCCUGGCCAUGGUGCAGGUGCAGGUUCAGGACGUGAAUGAGGCACCCUUCUUCCGUGAGAACCCCCGGCUGGCCAGUGUGGUGGAGGGGGCACCAGCCGGCACCGAGCUCACCACCUUCAGCGCCAGCGACCCCGACACUCGCCAGCCUCAGGCCCUCAGUUACUCCCUGGCCUACGACCCGGCAGACUGGCUGCUGCUGGACCCGCACUCCGGGAGGGUGCAGACCAAGCGGGAGCUGCCGCGCCGCUCGCCCUUCCUGCAGAGCGGCUGGUACACGGCUGUCAUCCUGGCCAGCGAUAAUGCUGACCCGCCGUGCACAGCCACUGGCACCUUGUCCAUCGAGAUCCUGGAAGUGAACGACCACGGGCCGGCCCUGCUGCCACUGGCGGGCGUCGUGUGCAGCGAGCCCAGCAAGGGGCAGGGGCUGCUGCUGAGUGCCAUGGACGAGGACCUGCCGCCCCACGCCGAGCCCUUCCACUUCCGCCUCAGCCCCGACGCCCCCCAGCUCGCCCGCAACUGGAGCCUCAGCCAGCUCAAUGCGACCCACGCGGUGCUGGCGGUGCUGGUGCCGGUGCCCACGGGGCUGCACUCCCUGCCGCUCCUGCUCAGCGACUCCGGGACGCCCCGGCAGGAGCGGGCGCAACUGCUGAACGUCUCCGUGUGCCCCUGCGAUGAGGGGGGCAGCUGCCAGGCCAGCGCGGCAGCUGCCUCCACAGCCGGGGCGGGGCUCAGCUUCGGGGCCCUGAUGAUCAUCCUCAGCAGCAUCAUCCUGCUCCUGUCGCUGGCCCUGCUGGCCGCCAUCCGGGAGCGCUGCCACCGGCGCCCGCGGCACCAGGGGCUGCUGGAGAGCUCGCAGGACGACCUGCGCGACAACAUCCUCAACUACGACGAGCAGGGCGGGGGCGAGGAGGACCAGGGUGCCUACGACAUAAACCAGCUCCGCAACCCCGACUUCUUCCCCCCACCCUGCCCCUGGAGCAAGCAGCCAAUCCGGAGAGACGCUCCCUACAGCUACGCCACCCCCCUGUAUCCACGGAAAUUGCCCGCCAGCCCCUCUGACAUCGAAGACUUCAUCAAUGAGGGGCUGGACGCGGCCGACAGUGAUCCCAACGUCCCCCCCUACGACACAGCCCUCAUCUACGACUGCGAGGGCUCCGGCUCCGUGGCUGGCUCGCUCAGCUCCAUCGUGUCCAGCCUGACGGACGGCGACCAAGACUACGACUACCUCAGCGAGUGGGGGCCGCGCUUCCGCCGGCUGGCAGACCUGUAUGGGCCCUAGGGCUGGGGCAGGGAGGGGGAGUCAGGGGCUGGGGGGGGGCGGGGAAUCCUGUGAGCAGGGAGCUGGGCCCUACCCAGCGCUGGCAGAGCCUGGGAGCAGCCUCCUCAGUAGGAUGCGGCUACAGCGCUGCUGAGCCAUGGGCAGCGGACACCUGAACAGCACCAGCCUUUGGAACAAGCUGCGUUUAAACAGCAAAGCCAGCCCGGGACACAGGCGGCUCCCCCACGUCGCGGGGGCAGGAGGGGGAAAAGAGAAGAACCAGCUUCUCAGGCCUGCCUCUGCCCACGCACCAGAGCCAGGAGGGUGCAGGGAUGUGAGAACUGCACUGAGACCCGCGUGUCCGGCUUGACCCGCAAUGAGCACUGACCAAGCUGCAGGGGGGAGACUCCCUGCCCAGCCGCCAGCCAAAGCCCAGAGCAGCACACGUGGCAGAGGGCACAGCCAGCAUUAACUUUAGCCUGGCUCUCAAAGGGCAGGCUGGGGAGCACGAGGUGGAGGAGACGGGCUGGGCUGGCUACAGGGGAGGUAUGUUCUGCAGCAGGGCUCAGGGCUCUCUUACAGCAGACAGAAGGGGCAGAAGCUGGCUAGGAGAGGGCAGAGAACAACGCGUGGGGGGGGGGGGCAGGGUCCAGGGAGCUCAGUGUAGAAAGAAGAAUCAAGGAUGAAGCCACAUAGGAGGACACUUCCUAGAGCCCCCAGGGACAGCCAGGGCCCCAUACCAAGCUGUGGGCCCUGCAGGAGAAUGCCCUGGAGCAGCUACGGGACAGGGAGCCUGGGGAAAGCCAGGUCCUGCAGAGGCACCCAGCAGGGGGAAUUGCCCAAGUGAGGCUGCGGGAGGGGCAGCGCAGAGUGGGGAAGCAGCAGCAAGGCACAGCUGGCCCGGGCCUGGCAGUGCCAGACAGGCAGGAGGGAGCAGAGCAGCAGCCAUGCAUGGAAGGGGCCCCAGGCCGAGCCAGCCCCCCAGGCCCUACCUGGCUGGCGUGUUCAGGGCAGGGGAAGCACCAGGCUGGGACCUGAUGAGUGGAGGGCUAUGCCAGGUCCAGGAGGCAGGGGUCUGCCCCCUGUGGAGGUUCUUACACAAGUGCCAGGUGAGAAUCCCCCCUAUGGCAACCCCCAAUAAAGAGACUUGGAGCACAGUACUGGCUGGAGCCAGGUGCUGCAUGGGCAGGGGGCACCUGCCAGCGGAAGGGCAGUGAAGUGCCGCUCCUGGGCCCAGCUGUGGGCCUGC